AUGUUCAGCUCCAGAGCCAAGAUCGUGAAGCCCAAGGGCAAGAAACCAGAUGAGUUCAAGUCUGGCAUUUCACAGCCUCUGUUGGAGUUAGAGAUGAACUCUGACUUAAAGCCUCAAUUAAGAGAGCUGAAUAUCAAAGCAGUUAAGGAAAUUGAAGUUAGUGGUGGCAGAAAAACUAUCAUCAUUUUUGUUCAAGUUUCUCAGCUAAAAUCUUUUCAGGAGAUCCAAGUACGACUAGUUCAUGAAUUAGAGAAAAAAUUCAGUGGCAAACAUGUGGUCUUUAUUGCUCAGAGGAGAAUUCUUCCUAAGCCAACAAGAAAAAGCCGUACAAAAUAUAAGCUAAAGCGUCCCAGAAGCCAUUCUCUAACUGCUGUGCAUAAUGCAAUCCUUGAAGACCUCGUCUUUCCAAGUGAAAUUGUUGGCAAGAGAAAACGUGUGAUACUAGAUGGCAGCAAACUCAUAAAGGUCCAUUUGGAUAAAGCACAGCAAAACAAUGUGGAGCACAAGGUAGAAACAUUUUUUGGCAUUUAUGAGAAGCUGACAGGCAAAGAUGUCAAUUUUGAAUUCCCAGAGCUCCAGCUGUAA